UCGUGCAUUUUUCGAUGAUCACUGAGCCGACGCCGCUGCCGGUGACAUAAGCACGUUCUGUUUUGUGUAAAGUUAACUCAUCGUCGACGAAAAAAAGUGAAAAUUGUUGAAAAUGGCGCUUUUCCGAUUCACGGCAUCGAAACUGGCGGAGGGUCAGAAAAUCGUCCCUCAGGUAUCCGUAAUCUUAAGACAGCUCAGUGACGCGUCGACCGAUCUCAAGGCGGUUCUCGCCGCCAAAAUUCCCAAAGAACAAGAACGGGUCAAAAACUUCCGUAAAAACUACGGAGGCCAAAAAGUUGGAGAAGUUACCGUCGACAUGAUGUACGGAGGUAUGCGCGGUAUCAAAGGUCUAGUCUGCGAAACGUCAGUCCUCGACCCCGACGAAGGCAUCCGUUUUCGCGGUUACUCAAUCCCCGAGUGCCAAAAACUCCUCCCCAAAGCCCCCGGCGGCAACGAGCCCCUCCCCGAAGGCCUGUUCUGGUUGCUGAUCACCGGAGACGUCCCCACGGAGGGCCAGGUCAGGGCCAUUUCCAAAGAAUGGGCGGAACGUGCCGAGCUGCCGGCUCACGUGGUCACCCUCCUGAACAACCUCCCCACAAACGUGCACCCGAUGUCGCAGUUUGCGGCGGCGGUGACGGUCCUGAACAGCGAGAGUAAAUUCGCCAAGGCGUACUCGAGUGGAGUGCACAAGUCGAAAUACUGGGAGUAUGUUUAUGAGGAUUCCAUGGAUUUAAUCGCCAAGUUGCCGGUCAUCGCGGCCACCAUUUAUCGUAAUAGUUUCAAGGACGGGUCAGGAAUUGGUGCCAUUGAUACUUCAAAGGAUUGGAGUUAUAAUUUCACUCAGAUGUUGGGUUAUGAUAACCCUGAAUUUAUUGAACUUAUGAGAUUAUAUUUAACUAUUCACAGUGAUCACGAAGGUGGCAACGUGUCCGCCCACACCACCCACCUGGUGGGCUCAGCUCUGAGCGACCCCUACUUAUCUUUCGCCGCCGGCAUGAACGGCCUCGCCGGCCCCCUCCACGGCCUCGCUAACCAGGAAGUCCUCCUCUGGUUGCAAAAGCUGCGCCAGCAGGUCGGCGACAAAGCCACCGAGGAGCAACUCAAAGAGUUCAUUUGGAAGACCCUGAAAUCGGGCCAAGUCGUACCUGGCUACGGCCACGCCGUCCUGAGGAAGACAGACCCGCGAUACACCUGCCAGAGAGAGUUCGCCUUGAAGCACCUACCCAGCGACCCACUCUUCCAGCUGGUGUCCAACGUCUUCAAGGUGGUCCCUCCCAUCCUCCUCGAACUCGGCAAGGUGAAGAACCCCUGGCCUAACGUGGACGCCCACUCCGGCGUUCUUUUACAGUAUUACGGACUCAAAGAGAUGAACUACUACACGGUUCUGUUCGGAGUGUCCCGAGCGCUGGGAGUGCUGGCGUCGCUGGUCUGGGACCGCGCGCUGGGUUUGCCCAUCGAGAGGCCCAAGUCGUUGUCAACGGACGGUCUAAUGAAGGCUCUGAAAGCUGCUUAAGUCACACGCCACGCCCACACUGUACUUAAAUCAUACUUAUGUUUCUUAGGUUACUGGAAUGGAAGAACGCGUCUUUCGUAUUGUUACAGUUGUGUUGAACUCUUCUUUGAUUCCAGUAAGAGCAAGUGUUCAUGUUUAGGGGGGGGAAUGUCUGAAAUUUGAGAAAUUCGAGAAAUUCGAGCGUCCGGUACAGUCUGGGGGUUUUUGAUCGCUACUAGUGGAUGCUUGUCGAAACUGUUAUACUUGUUGUAGUAAGAUUUUUAAAAUUUUCCGAAGAUCGGCUUUCUUGUAGCCUUUUAUUGUUUGUUGUUAAUUUUAACAAGUCUUAUUUAUUUUAUUUAUAUAGUACGCAGCUACCGGUAAAAAUUUCAUUGUCAGUAAGGAGUUUUAGCUGUGGAUAUUUAUUUCGAUAGCCUGUUCUGUAGGCGUUUGAAUACUGUACAGUUUUAUCAUUCUAGGCGCACUUGUAAACAAUCAACAAAUAAGACAAUAUACACUCAUAUCAUCGCCA